AUUCACCACUUUGCAUUGUUUAGUCGUCGACGACGAUGGUGCGCUCCACCAAAAGAAAUAAAUAUUCUGUAGGAUAAAUAUAUUUUGCCAGCAGUUGUGUGCUAUGUGAAGAAUGUGUAAGUCGCACUGGAUGUGAUUCAAUAGCCCCAGGACAAUAGAAUAGGGAGGUGUUUUCUAUUUUCCCGUGGGAAGAAAUUGUCGCAGUGUGUCACUGAAAAAUUUUCGCGAUUUGUCGUGUGUGCGCCCCAAAAUUGGAAAAUGGCUCAAUGAGGAAUUUCACAAUAUAUUCCCAGAUACCAAUGAGCUCAUGGAUGUGCAGAAGUGAGUCUGGAUUGUUGGAUGAACGUGAAGUGAGAUUGCAAAGGUCUGUGAUAGAAGUGUCUGUGGUGUGGCAAAAUUAGCCUGCAAGGCCAAAAUUGGUGUCGAGAGAGAAACGGAGGCAGAAGUGGAGCUCCAGAAGGGGCGGAUAUAUUGUGCAAGAGUGACACAUUCAUCCGGAUUUGUGAAUCACACACAAUGUCCAAUCGCAUUAGAUCAGUUCUGUCCGUGAACUUGGAUGCUGCCGCACUGGCCAAUGAUCCACUCCGAGAACUCUUUGAGGCUUGCAAGACAGGGGAUAUUGUGACGGUGAAGAAACUCAUAACGCCACAGACAGUCAAUGCGCGAGACACGGCUGGCAGGAAGUCCACACCACUUCAUUUUGCAGCUGGAUAUGGUCGACGUGAAAUUGUAGAGUACUUAUUGGCCAAUGGUGGAUCAAUCCAGGCACGAGAUGAAGGUGGAUUGCAUCCUCUGCACAAUUGUUGUAGUUUUGGGCAUGUAGAUGUAGUUCGGGUUCUCUUGGAGGCUGGUGCCAAUCCCAAUAUCAAAGACAAUUGGAACUAUACACCGCUGCAUGAGGCUGCGAGCAAAGGGAAGGUGGAUGUGUGCAUUGCACUUCUUCAGCACGGAGCUGAUCCUAAUAUCAGAAAUUCCGAGAAUAAGACUCCCCUCGAUUUAGCCGACACGAGUACUCGGCCCGUUCUAACGGGGGAAUAUCGCAAGGAUGAACUACUGGAAGCGGCAAGAUCUGGGAAUGAAGAGACACUUUUAGCACUACUUACGCCCCUCAAUGUCAACUGCCAUGCAAGUGAUGGUCGAAAAUCGACACCUCUACAUCUGGCUAGUGGAUACAAUAGAAUUCGCAUUGUGAAGAUUUUAUUGCAAAAUGGGGCGGAUGUUCAUGCUAAAGAUAAAGGGGCUCUUGUGCCACUUCACAACUCCAGCUCCUAUGGCCACUUCGAGGUGACGGAGCUGCUGCUUAAGCAUGGGGCGAAUGUCAAUGCAAAUGACCUGUGGGCAUUCACGCCACUUCAUGAGGCUGCCUCAAAGAGUCGCGUGGAAGUGUGCAGUCUACUACUUAGUGAAGGAGCUGAUCCCACACUUUUCAAUUGCCACCAUAAGUCUGCAAUUGAUUCAGCGCCAACGAGGGAAUUGCAGAACAAAAUUGCCUAUGAAUACAAGGGGCAUUGUUUGCUCGAUGCUUGUCGUCAAUCGGAUAUUCUGCGCAUAAAGAAGAACCUCAAUUCGGACACGGUGAAUUUUGCACAUCCAUAUUUGGGCGAGACACCUUUGCAUGCUGCUGUGAGGUCGGUUUCACCAAAGCGGAAGCAGGUCAUUGAGUUACUCAUUAAGAAAGGUGCCCUCCUCAAUGAAAGAAAUACAGAGUAUCUCACACCUCUUCAUGUGGCCACUGAAUUGUCUCAUUUUGAUGUUAUGGAUUGUCUCCUGAAACAUGGUGCCAAAGUGAAUGCACUCGAUGGACUGGGACAGACUGCAUUGCAUUUAUGUGCCAAGCAGGGAAAUAUUCAAGCAUGCCGAAUACUCUUCACGUACUCAGUGGAUGCAACAAUAGUGUCACUACAGGGAUUUACAGCGGCUCAAUUGGCGCCUGAGUGUAUGGCUAAUAUUUUGAGGGAUCCGCCAUCAGCUGACUUGGAGAUUGAACUGCUGGAAGCGGCCAAAACGGGUGAUCUCAUGACUGUCCGACGCAUUAUACUCUCCCAUCCGGAAAUGGUGAAUUGCCGUGAUCUGGAUGGGAGGAAUUCGAGUCCACUCCAUUUUGCGAGUGGUUUCAAUCGAGUUCCUGUUGUUGAAUUUCUUCUCAAACACGGAGCUGAGGUUCAUGCAUCUGACAAAGGUGGAUUGGUUCCUCUACACAAUAGCUGCUCUUAUGGGCACAUCGAGGUGACGGAGUUGCUAUUGAAGCACGGAGCCAAUGUGAAUGUGGCUGAUUUGUGGAAGUUUACGCCACUUCACGAGGCAGCUGCCAAAGGAAAGUAUGAGAUUGUGAAGUUGCUGCUAAAGCAUGGAGCUGAUCCCAAUAAGCGCAAUCGUGACGGAGCAACUCCGUUGGAUCUCGUGCGUGAGGGUGAUCAGGAUGUGGCAGAUCUGCUGCGGGGCAAUGCAGCACUUUUGGAUGCUGCCAAGAAGGGCAAUUUGGCUCGUUUGCAGCGUCUUGUGACGCCUGAAAAUAUCAAUUGUAGAGAUUCACAAGGUAGGAAUUCCUCACCACUCCAUCUGGCAGCUGGUUACAAUAAUUUUGAAGUGGCUGAGUACUUGCUGGAGAAUGGUGCUGAUGUCAAUGCUCAAGAUAAGGGAGGAUUGAUCCCAUUGCACAAUGCCUCGAGUUUUGGGCACAUGGAUAUUGCUGCACUGCUAAUAAAGCACAAUACAAAGGUCAAUGCUACGGACAAAUGGGGAUUUACACCACUCCACGAGGCUGCCCAGAAGGGCAGAACUCAAUUGUGUGCCCUGCUUCUGGCUCAUGGUGCUGAUCCGUAUGUGAAGAAUCAAGAAGGUCAGACGCCCAUUGAAUUAGCAACAGCUGAAGAUGUCAAAUGUCUACUACAGGAUGCAAUGACAUCUUCAAUUGCACCUCAACCGUCCCAGUCUGGAGCUGGAGCUUCUGCAGCUGCUUCCAUGACGAAUUUGUCCAGCAAUCAAGGUACUGUUGUAUCACCAAUUACAGAGACUGUGACUCUUCCAACUGGAGCAUCUAUGACGCUUUCAAUACCCGUACCACAAUUGGCAAGUCGGGGUUCAUUGAGUCCACCUCAGGGAGCUGAAAAUAACUCUGAUCCGGAUCCUGAUGUGUCAGAGCAACCUGUGCAGGAAUCAAUUAAUACAGUCGGAGGAUUUCUGUCGAGUUUGCAACUUGAUCAUCUGGUGGAUUUGUUUGAGAGGGAACAAAUAACCCUGGAAAUUCUCGUGGAGAUGGGCCAUGAAGAUCUAAAGCAGAUUGGUGUGUCGGCAUAUGGAUUCCGUCAUAAGAUUCUCAAGGGGAUUGCCCAAUUGAGAGCUACGACAGGUUUGGGACUGACACCAAGUCCGUUUACUCUCUUGGUGGAUCUUCUGCCGGAUGAUAAGGAAUUCCUGGCUGUGGAGGAGGAAAUGCAGGCAACAAUUCGUGAACAUCGUGACAAUGGUCAAUCUGGUGGUUACUUCAAUCGCUACAACAUUAUUCGCAUUCAGAAAGUGCAGAAUCGGAAACUGUGGGAACGCUAUGCCCAUCGACGUCAGGAGAUUGCCGAGGAGAAUUCGCAUCAGGCAUGUGAGAGAAUGUUGUUCCAUGGGAGUCCCUUUAUCAAUGCAAUCGUCCAGAAGGGCUUCGAUGAACGUCAUGCGUACAUUGGAGGAAUGUUUGGGGCAGGCAUCUAUUUUGCCGAGCAUAGUUCUAAGAGCAAUCAAUAUGUUUAUGGAAUUGGCGGUGGAAUUGGAUGUCCAGCACACAAAGAUAAAUCGUGCUACGUGUGUCCCAGGCAAUUGUUGCUGUGUCGUGUUGCACUGGGAAAGUCCUUCUUGCAAUUCAGUGCUAUGAAGAUGGCUCAUGCUCCGCCUGGACAUCAUUCAGUCAUCGGAAGACCUUCGGCUGGGGGACUUCAUUUUCCUGAAUACGUCGUCUACCGUGGCGAGCAGGCUUACCCGGAGUACUUGGUGACAUAUCAGAUUGUGAAGCCGGAGGACACAUCGAGUGGCACGGAGGAGGCGACAAGUUGAUGGACAGUGAAUCGAGUUCCGGUGACGGUGGACAAGAAAGCCACGACAAUUAAUCUGUGUCGCAAUAAGCUCAAUCAGUUUCUGGUGGUGACUCCGGCCGUGUCCAUUGAGCCCUACACCAAAGCAGCACAAGUGUGUGAGACUCAAUUAAUUUCCACGGAUGCCAGAGACAACAGGGAGAACAAUAAUGUGUCCCCCAAGAGAUGGUGCUCCCUUAUAUGUGCCGCUGUGCGCUGUUUUGGUGAUGCACCACAUACUCAGACUCACCUGAGGCGACCACAUCCUAGCUCCAGGUACCAUCUAGCCACACCGGAAGGCAAUGGCUUCUAUGUGACAAAAUCACGCGACAAGAACCUCAAUAUCACCUACCAAUUGUGACGACCAUCGACGCAUCGAUGUUCAGUUGCACGUUGCAUUUUUGUGCCCCCGUCAGCACCUCCAGUUCCCCAUCAAUUGUCGCAUGAGCUCUAUUAUCCCGAACGUCGUCCCUCUUCGACUUUUUGAUUCAAAGUGAUUUUGAGGCACUCAAUUGGGUGUCUCUGUUAUCUUUAAGGUUUUAUUUUGUCUGUAAUUUAAAGGAAAUUAGCUGUGUUCUCAACAUUGUAGAAUUGCAAUAUUCACCGAUUAUACAUCAUUGCGAAUUUCUGCAUUAAAGAAAAAAUAACAAAAAAAAA